ACAUACUCCAUUUUUACUUUAUCGGAUACCUUGUUGAACAUUGAAAAUCUUCCAAGAAAGAGUAGGAAUGUGCAACAAUUACUUGUGUGUUCUGAGUACAUUAUUCUUAAAUCUAUAGUAAAUCUUGUGGGAAUCAGUUUUUCAAGUACACGAUCAAGAAGAAAUAAAUAAAUUGUUUUGUAAUUGGUAUACUUUUGACAUUCGUUACUUUAGUAAAAUUAAUACUGGCAUAUCUUAUCGAAGAAAUUCCAUUCUGAAUAUAUUCUGGGGGAAAUUAUAAUUAUUCUGUUUUACUGCGGUAGCGAUCAUUGUUCAAAUUUAAUAUUUUCGUUAAUAAAUACAUUAGUACAAAAUGGUAUUGGGACCUAGAGAGUCAGCAAAGUUGAUAAGUAGACUUUCAAAAAAUGUGUUUAUAGAAGAUGAAGGUGUAAAAGAGAUAGCGUGUAAAGUACUGGAAGGACUGAAAAGUAAGGCAGUUUCGGUGGAUAACUUUUCACAAAAUGAAUUACAUCCUAAGCCAGAUGAUCCAAAAGCGAUAGAUUGGAUAUUCGUAGUGGAUACGUUAAAUUUCUGUUUUUGGAGUCCUAAGGGUGCUGCCAAGUGGAGCGUGAACGGUCACACUGGCUAUUUUGCCCUCUGUGCUGCAAUUAAAAGAGCUAUAGAUGAUGGAAAACCUAUUUACGAUUCGAACUUUUACAGUCGCAUAACGAAAGAUGAGUUAAAAACUAUUUUACGAGGAGAUGAUGAUGCAUGCGAAAUACCCCUCAUCGAGGAAAGAGUUAAAAACUUGCAACAAGUUGGCAAUGUUUUGAAAGAGAAGUACAAAGGUACCUUUGUCGAAUGUAUAACGCAAUGUCGAGGCUCGGCAGAGCAAUUACUGAAGCUGGUAGUUAAUAACUUUGAAUCCUAUCGCGAUGAAGCCGAUUACCAAGGAUACAGAGUAUCAUUCUACAAGAGAGCCCAAAUAUUGAUCGGGGAUGUAUGGGCUUGCUUCAGAGGGGAAGGCAUCGGUGCAUUCCAUGACAUCGAUAAAAUAACAAUGUUUGCCGACUACAGAAUUCCUCAGGUGCUCGCACAUUUUGGGGCUAUGCGAUACAGCAACACGCUUUUGAGUGCACUCCAAUUGGACACGGAAUUAACCGAAGGAUGUGCCGAAGAAGUAGAGAUUCGAGGUUGCUCGAUAGAAGUUAUCGAACGAGUCGUAAAUGAACUAAAUGCUACGAUUACGCAGUACCCCGCUUUAGGUUUGAAGAAAUCCGAUUUUAAUUCCAUUUUGAUCGAUCAUUUUCUGUGGGAUUACCGCAAGUAUCAUAGUAGCGAACUGGAAAGUAUACCGUUUCAUAAGGUCAGGACUAUUUUUUAUUAAUCGUCCUCGUCGUUUGGUAUAUUGCUAUUACAACUUUGUUCAAGAAGUACAUUCAACGGGGUGAAAUAGAAAAACCAAUAUUUUUCAAGAAUAUAUUCUAAUCUCCGGCUCUAUUUUGUUUUCCCGAAACGUGGAUGUACAUUUUCCCGAAUAAAGUGGUGCGUCUUAUCGA